AACUGAAGGUUAGUUCAAACAGAAACGCAACUUAAUCUCUGUGUAAAAUUAACGCAACGAAAUGUAUAGAAUAUAAAUGUGAUGCAAUCCAUCGACGACGAGAAGGGGGAAAGGCACAUUGACGGUAGAACAAAGAACAUGGUUUAUCAAUCCAAUCAGAGAAGUUAAGCCAUAUGGCUGUAUAAGAAAGCCAUGAUGCUGGUUCAGUGAAGGCGGUUGGCAGAGGCAUUUCCUCAUUUCAAAUAUAUUUUAAGCCCAGCCAAGUAGUCUGUCUCAUUGUUUAUGCAAUUCGUUAAGCCUCGCACACAUCAGAACUCAUUAAACGUUUAAAUCGAUUAGGAAAUCACUCCAUAUAUGAUAUUGUGUACAUUCAGAAAGAGAGAUUUAUCGCCGCGAACACUGUUAACACAGUAAACACGCAAUUUAACAACAUAAAGUGUGUCGCCUCCUUCAACUUCAAACACAUUUAGAGGAAUGGAAGCUCAAAAUGGCGAAGACACAAAUCACAUCAACGAAAAAGACAAUCCCGGCAACGAAGGAGGAAUGCCGGCGGAGAAGAGCGAAAAUAUAGCAGACAAACCAUUGGAAGAGAGCAUAUCGAAGGAAAGUUUAUCCGAAAUCCGCGAAGCGUUCAACAUAUUCGACAAGGAUGGGAAUGGUUACAUCACCGCUUCGGAGCUCAGACACUUUUUAUCUUCCCUGGGUUACAACAUGACCGAAGCAGAACUCAUGGACAUGAUGAAUAAGAUAGACGCUGAUGGUAACGGUGCGAUAGAUUUCCCCGAAUUCCUGGAACUGUCUACCAAAAAGCUCCACGUGCUAUCAGAAGAAGAGCUGGCACAGCAGACAUUUAACGUGUUCGACAGGUCACAGAAGGGGCACAUCUCUACGAACGACUUGAGACACAUCUUCACGACAUUAGAGCAAACAUUCGGUGAGCCAGAAAUGCAAGAAAUGUUGCUUCAAGCUGAUUUUGACCAAGAUGGUAGGGUGGAGUUUAAAGACUUUUUAAAGAUGAUGAAGAAAGAAACAUCGGAAAGAUGAUCGCUUCAACUCUAGUGUAUGGGUUGUGGACGUUGCACAAAAGGACCUUCAAGAUUCCGCUAAGAAUGCAGGGUGUAUAAGAAACUUCUUGUCACUUUUUCCUUAAAACACGAAAGAUUUUGGUCGCAGAAAAAUUGCAUUUAAUUCGCACUUCAGCGUGGAGUAAUUGGACAACCUUGAAUGUUUUAGAAACACGGCAGACCUCAUGCACCCAUUAUUACGCUUCAUAGCACUAUUUUGACUAUGAUGCUUUGUCAAAAUAACAGCUAUAAUUGGAAACCAAUGCUUGUAGAAUACAUAUAUA